UUUAUUAAAAAUGAUUGGAAUGAUGAAUAACCACACUGUAGAUAAUCCUGUUGAAUUUUAUGCUGGCAGACGUUCACCACUUUCAACAUCUACAGAUUCUAAUAACGGAAAUGCUUGCAGCAGUAUUUCAGAAGAAGAACAGAAAUUUCUUCAUUAUUUAGAAAUUCGAUUAGAACCAAUUCCAAAGAAAAAAUUAAGUUAUACAGAAGAUGGUAGACGUUGUUAUGAUGGAGAACCAGAAAAAAGUAAUGAAAGUCCUGAAGAGAUGUGGGCACGUCUAAUGCUUAAAUUAAGCUGUAAUAAAGCAAUUGAAGAAGGAUUAGUCAGAGUUGGACGUAAGAAAAGAAGCAGUAGCCGUAAAAUUCUCCAAAGACUAAUUUCCACUAGUAGAGGUUCUAUUAGAACACUUCUUGGCAGCAAAAAAGAUGAAGAAACAAAUGAAGUUAAUAAUGAAAAAUAAAAAAUAAUUAAAAAAUAUAUAAAGAAAUUUAUU